AUGCUUGAAAAUAGAGAGUUAAACGACGAAGAAAUCGAGUAUUCUAAUAACGAAGAAAGCGAUGACGAAUUGGAUUCAAUUCAUAAAAAAUGUUUUGAUUGUGGAAAAUUUAGGACUAAUUUUGCGUGGUGCCAACCAUGUGAAACUACUUGGUUUAAGGAAAAAUAUCAAGGUUGGACAACAGGCAAUUUGCAACUUGAUUUAAUUAUACAAAAGUCAAGCAGAAGCGGCGAUUAUCUUGAAUAUAUUGCUUACGAUCAAUUUGAACUGGUUGAAUUCCACAAAGCUGGAGCAUUUAGUGAAAUCUAUUAUGCUAUUUGGUUAGAGGGACCUAAGUGGGAUUGGAACGAAAAUACUCAAGCUUGGUCUCGGAGUGGACCAAUAAAAUUACGAAAAUAUCAUCAUUAUCUUCAAUCCGGUAGUGUAGCUGUUACCUUUGAUGUUAGCUGGAAAGAUAAAAUCGAUUAUUAUGGAGGAUUACCUCUAGUUUGGAAAAUAUUCAUCGAUCUAAUCUAUAUCAUGGAAAUUUACACGGUGGAAAUAUAA